UGUCUCUGGCAGUCCUCCUCUGCACCUCACCGCAGAAGCACAUUGCCUCGCUGCAGCUCAGAGCAGUCAGCAGAAGCUUCCACCUCUCUCAUUCUUAUCUGUUAAAAAGAGCUGUAAGAGGAAGAGGAGCCCAAGUCUUGUCUUCUCUCUGUUGAGUCCAGUCUACAGAAUCAAGAGGGGGAUCCUCUUUUCUCUUUCUUGACUCAGAUUGUCAUCUCCAGGUUGAAGUGGAGACAGAGGAUUUAGGUUGAAAGGCUGAAAGGUUGGUUUUCCAGCUGUCCAUCAUCAGUCACAGCUACUAAGCAAACCUUCUUAACAGAGGGGGUUGGAUGUUUGAGGGUGAGGAAAGGACACUCUACUUCAUUCUACACACAUGUCUUUUUGUUUGAAACCAAAACAACAUCCACCCGAGAGGAAGCUACCCAUGUGGCAGGAGGCUCUAUGGACCCGGGGAUGCUACCUGCUGGAGAAGGGCGAUGGAGGGGAUGGGUCUGAGGGGCCUGAGAGCCUGGGAGACAGGUGCCUCAGAUUCCAGGCUGAGGAGUGUGUGGAGAAAGAAAAGCCUCAGGACUGGCUGUAUGAGUCCUACUACAGAAAAAGCCAGCAGCACCCGCUUUUUGUGUUCCUGCUGCUGAUCGUCAUGGGAACCUGCCUCGCACUGCUGGUGGUGUUCUUUGCAUCAGGACUGAAGUCUGAGGACCACUUGAUGUUUUUGAUUGCGGUGCCCACCGCUCUCUUCCUGUUCCUGUCCAUCUUUAUCUUCGUCUGCAUUGAGUCCGUCUUCAAGCGGAUGCUGCGCCUCUUCUCCCUACUCAUGUGGGCCUGUCUCGUCACCAUGGGUUAUGUGUUCAUGUUCUCAGGAGGACGACUCAGCCCAUGGGAUCAGGUGUCGUUUUUCCUUUUCAUCGUGUUUAUCGUCUACACCAUGCUGCCUUUCUCCAUGAAAGGGGCCGUUAUCGCCAGUGGCAUAACUUGCCUUUCACACACCGUCACCCUUAGCGUCUGUCUCACCUCCACUGCCACUAAACUGGAACCUCUCAUUUGGCAGAUUUUGGCUAAUGUAAUCAUCUUUACCUGUGGUAACUUGGCCGGGGCAUACCACGAGUGUCUGAUGGACCUGGCUCUGAAGCAGACCUAUCAGGACACCUGCAACUGCAUCAAGUCACCCAUUAAACUGGAGUUUGAGAAGCAUCAGCAGGAGCGUCUACUUCUAUCCUUACUACCGGCUCAUAUAGCAAGAGUGAUGAAAGCUGAGAUCAUCCAAAGGCUGCAGGGUCCAAACUUUGGCCGAUCUGAGAGCACCAACAACUUUCACAACCUGUAUGUGCAGCGACACACCAAUGUAAGCAUUCUCUAUGCAGACAUUGUGGGCUUCACAAGGCUGGCCAGUGACUGUUCUCCAGGUGAACUCGUGCACAUGCUGAAUGAACUUUUUGGCAAAUUUGACCAGAUUGCAAAGGAAAAUGAGUGUAUGCGCAUCAAGAUCCUGGGAGACUGCUAUUACUGCGUGUCUGGUCUGCCCAAGUCGCUGCCUGAUCAUGCCAAGAACUGUGUGAAGAUGGGCCUGGAUAUGUGUGAGGCCAUCAAGAAGGUACGAGAUGCCACUGGAGUUGAGAUCAACAUGCGUGUUGGUGUUCAUUCUGGAAAUGUCCUUUGUGGUGUGAUUGGGCUACGGAAGUGGCAAUACGAUGUUUGGUCACAUGAUGUGACACUAGCCAAUCACAUGGAGGCAGGAGGAGUGCCAGGGAGAGUCCACAUUUCUUCAGUGACCUUGGAACAUCUCAACGGCUUCUACAAGGUGGAGCCUGGAGACGGACAGACCAGAGACUCUUACCUGAAGGAGCAUGGGGUGGUCACUUAUUUGGUCAUCAACCCAAAGACGGAGCGGCUCAGCCCAUUGGUUGGGUUGUGCUCCCGACCUUCUCUGGAUGGUGGUAAGAUGAGGGCAUCUGUCAGGAUGACUCGGUAUCUAGAAUCCUGGGGAGCUGCCAAACCUUUUGCCAAUCUGCACCAGCGAGACAGCAUGACCACAAACAAUGGCAAGAUCAACACGUCUGAUGUUCCAUUGGGUCAGUACCACUUCCAGAGAGGAGAGAGAUCGAAAUCUCAGAGGAGGAGGUUUGAGGAGGAACUUAAUGAACGAAUGAUCCGCACUAUUGACGGUAUCAACUCACAGAAACAGUGGCUUAAGUCGGAAGAUAUCCAGAGGAUCUCAUUGUUCUUUCACAACAAAGGUCUGGAGAAAGAGUACAGGUCCACCACCUUACCUGCUUUUAAGUAUUAUGUCACCUGCGCCUGCUUCAUCUUCUGCUGCAUCUUCGUUGUGCAGAUUCUCGUUUUACCCAAAACUGCUGUGUUGGGCAUCUCCUUUGGUCUGUCGUUCCUGCUGCUGGCUUUGAUCCUGCUUCUCUGCUUUGCCAGUCACAUUCUGCAGAGAGGAAAGGGCUCCUCCUGCCCCAUUCCAUGGUUUCCUUCUUCUACCCAUAUCAUUGUCACAAACAACCCCUGGCUUCGAUUGGUGCUCACCAUAAUGACUACAGCGCUCACUCUGAUGAUGGCUGUCUUUAACAUGUUUUUUGUGGAAGAUCUUCAAGUAGAGCCCAGCAUGCCAACUGUGUCACCUAUGAAUCGAACCAAUGACAGUCUGUUUAAUCAGACAGAAGAAGAAACUCAAAAUAAGUUUUACCUUCCUUACUUCAUCUAUUCCUGUAUUCUGGGUCUGGUGUCGUGCUCUGUAUUUCUGAGAAUUAACUACGAGCUGAAGAUGGUGGUGAUGCUGGUUGCCGUGGUAAUCUACAACGUUAUCAUCCUCCAGACACAUACCUCCCUGCUGGAUGGAUUUAGCAAAGCUAUGUACCCUACAGAUAAACUGGACAGACCGGGAGUGCUAAAGGACCUGAAGACCAUGGGUUCGAUGUCUCUGUUUAUCUUUUUCAUCACUCUCCUGGUGUUAGCCAGGCAGAAUGAGUAUUAUUGCCGGCUGGACUUCCUGUGGAGAGACAAGUUUAAAAGGGAGUGUGAGGAGAUCGAAACAAUGGAAAAUCUCAACAGGGUCCUGCUGGAGAACGUCCUACCAGCUCACGUUGCCGAACACUUUCUGGGGCGAAACUGGAAAAAUGAGGAUCUGUAUCAUCAGUCAUACGAGUCGGUGUGUGUGAUGUUCGCCUCCAUCCCAGAUUUCAAAGAAUUUUAUACUGAAUCUGAUGUGAACAAGGAAGGACUGGAGUGUCUCAGGCUUCUCAACGAGAUAAUUGCAGACUUUGAUGAGCUGCUGUCCAAGCCCAAAUUCAGUGGUGUGGAGAAGAUUAAGACUAUUGGCAGCACCUACAUGGCUGCAACUGGACUCAACAUGACACUGGGACCAGAAUGUGUGCAGGAGAAUGAGCGACAGUACACACACAUCGGUACCAUGCUGGAGUUUGCCUUCGCGCUGGUCGGAAAGUUAGAACUCAUUAACAAACAUUCUUUCAAUGACUUCAGACUCCGAAUCGGGAUAAAUCACGGACCAGUCAUCGCAGGGGUGAUCGGGGCCCAGAAGCCUCAGUAUGACAUUUGGGGAAACAGUGUUAACGUUGCCAGCAGGAUGGAAACCACUGGGGUUCUGGGCAAGAUCCAGGUAACCGAGGAGACAAGCGGCAUCCUGUCUGACCUUGGGUACAUGUGUUCAUGCCGCGGCAUCAUCAAUGUGAAAGGCAAAGGUGAACUGAAGACGUUCUUUAUUCACACAGAGAUGACUCGGUCACUGUCACAGGGGACGGUCAUGCCCUGAGAGCUGGACAUAGCAGACUCGAGAAAGUGGCGUUUAGGACAUAUGCUUUGGGACUACCUUCAAAGCAGUACAGUGGACUGACGGUGAGAGAGCUCCACUGUAGAUCAGGACUGCUCAAUGCUGGUGGUAUUUGCAUGUCAAGGAGCACACUAUACAGAGUGCCUGAGCAAACACAGCCCUGCCUUAUCGUCUGCUUUACAGUCCUGGUAUGGAGCUAAUACCCCAUGCUGGCUUGUCAGAGCCUUACACUGUUCAGCAGGUUUUCUACAUUUUCUCUUAUGUCACAGUUUUUUAGUCACUGAGCUGCUUCUGCCAGAAAGUUGUGAUCCAUGUUCACAGAUUCAUUGGUGUCAAGCAGAAGGAAACAAUUCUUUUCUGAUUCGCUGAACAUUUUUAAAUGAAUCUUUAUUUCUGUUUGUGGCAUCUGUGCAAACUAACAUUUCCAAAUUAUUGAAUCCACAUAAAUGCAUCUUCAUAAAUAUGGAGACUAAGGCUAUGUUCACGCUGCAGGGUUUAAUGCUCAAUUCAGAUUUUUUGAAAAGAUUCGAUUUUUUUGAAAGGCCGUUCACAUUUCCAAUUAGAUUCGAACUUUUAUGAUCCCCUGUGUGAAUGUGAAAUGACCCAGAAGUGACCCGCAGAAUUGUACUCAACGGUGAACGACGUCACUCGUUGUUUGGGAAAGUAGCUAACUUUAACAAUGGAU